AUGAAAGUAUUAAUAGCUCUUUCCUUGGCCGGUCUGGUCUCUGCUCAAGUCGCACCUUACGGACAAUGCGGUGGAAGCGGUUACUCUGGGACGACAGUAUGCACAACAGGUUGGGUUUGUCAGUACCAGAACGACUGGUAUAGUCAAUGCUUAGCAUCAUCAAGUGGUGGAACCACAACCACGCUCACCACAAAAGUCUCUACCACGUCGACCAGCACUACCAAGGUCACUUCAACCACGACUUCUAGCACUGGAGGGACUGGUUUCCCGACUACGAACGGGCUGAAGUUUGAGAUUAAUGGCAAGACGAGCUACUUUGCUGGCUCCAACUCAUACUGGAUCGGAUUUCUCACAAAUAAUGCUGAUGUCGAUACAGUAUUAGAUCACAUGGAUGAGUCCGGACUUCGCAUUCUCCGAGUCUGGGGAUUCAACGAUGUGAAUACUGUACCGUCAUCUGGAACUGUCUAUUACCAGCUCCUGUCCGACGGAAGAGCUACAAUCAAUACCGGCGCGGACGGCCUGCAGCGCUUGGACUACGUUGUUGCAGCCGCGGAGAAACGCAACGUCAAGCUAAUCAUCAACUUUGUUAACAAUUGGUCUGACUAUGGAGGUAUGGCAGCCUAUGUUACAGCAUUUGGUGGAAGUCAAACUACCUGGUACACGAACACUGCCGCACAGACAGCCUACCGCGCCUACAUUAAGGCAGUUGUAUCCCGGUAUAUUGACUCGCCCGCCGUCUUUGCUUGGGAACUAGCCAACGAGCCACGUUGCAACGGUUGCAACCCGUCGGUCCUUUACGACUGGAUUGUGUCUACCAGUGCCUACAUCAAGUCUCUUGAUUCAAAGCAUAUGGUAGCUAUUGGUGAUGAGGGCUUUGGACUUGACGCUGGCUCUGAUGGCAGCUAUCCUUACUCCUAUAGCGAGGGAUUGAACUUCACCAUGAACCUGGACAUUGACACCAUUGACUUUGGCACGUUCCAUCUCUAUCCAUCGAGCUGGGGCACUUCUAACGACUGGGGCAACGGGUGGAUCACCUCCCACGGAGCCGCCUGUGCAGCUGCUGGCAAGCCAUGUCUUUUUGAGGAGUACGGUGUUACAUCUGACCACUGUGCAAUUGAGGCACCGUGGCAAGCAACGGCGCUAUCGGCCACUGGUGUUGCGGCUGACCUCUAUUGGCAGUAUGGGGACACACUUAGUUAUGGAAAAUCGCCAGAUGACGGUAACACGUUCUAUUACGGGACGUCCGACUUUACUUGUCUGGUGACCGAUCAUAUGGUAGCCAUCGGUUCCUAG